UGUUACACUGUUUUUAAACCGGAUAUCCGCUCUUUGAUUCUACUGUUCCCAUAACGUGGUAUUGUUCGCACAGUUUUCGGACUAAAAUAACAGUUUUACUGUUGUUUCUGCCCUUUGUUGACCAUCAACAUGUUCUUGCAGUACUACCAGGACGAGAAGGGGGACAGAGUCUACACUUUGAAGAAAGUGGCACCUAACGGGCAGCCCACCAGCUCAGCCCAUCCAGCCCGCUUCUCCCCAGAUGACAAGUUCUCUCGACACCGGGUGACCCUGAAGAAACGCUUCGGACUUCUGCUCACCCAGCAACCUUGGCCUGUUCUGUGAAUACGAUCACACCAAGAUAUGGAGGAGUGGCUCGAAUGCACAAAGGGGAAGGAAACAUUUAGAUCUUAACAUGCCAGGACUUGUCUCACCUUCCAUCCCAAACACAAGUGUGUUGAGUGAUGUUCACAUUGCAUUGUCUUUUUGCAAUUAAAAUUAGUCCUUUUUUUUUUUU